CGUCAUCUUACCCGACUAUACCCUAGACAUUUCAAAAUAUUUCAAACUAAUUACAUUUCUGAAACAAAAUGGGAAAGGUUACACGCCCAAGAAAGCUGCGAUUUAUACGAGUGCAGAUGUUAGUGAUUUUUUAAAUAAUGCUCCCGAUGAAGUUUAUUUCAUGGCCAAGGUUGUUGUUGUAUUUGCGAUUGCAGGAGCUUGUCGAAUUUGUGAAAUCAGCCAGGUAACAUCAUUGAAGAUUCGGGAACGUUAAUAAUUGUAAAACUUAAGCAAACAAAGAAUGAUAUAAACAGGAGAUUUGUAGUUACUGAAAAAUAUAUUAAAUUUUACCGUAUGUACACAGCCCUUCGCCCAACAGCAGCAAAGGAUCGCCGCAUAUUUUAUGCAUAUCGCAAUAAAAAAUGUGUCAAUCAAGUUGUGGUAUAAGGCACCUCAAACAGUAGCUAAUUUUCUUCAACUUGCAAAUGGUAACUCAUAUACGGGUCAUUCAUUUCAAAGAUCCUCUGCUACACUUUUAGUUGAAUCUGGAGGAGACUUGAUGACACUAAAGAAAUAUGGCGGUAGGAAAUCACCAACGGCAGCUGAAGGGUAUGUUGAUGAAUCGGUAGCACACAUGACAAAAGUAGCUAAUAAAGAGUUUAGAACAUGUGCCAGUGCUGAAAUAAUACCCGAUUUUGAUGAAUACGUACAUCAAAAUAUAAUUUCAACACCAGAAAAUUCGACUAUUGUACCGAAUAGUUCAAGGAACAUGUAAUUCAUGCA